UACAGAGCGCCCCGAAGCGUCAUCUUCAACUUAAUUUUGUGCUAUUUCAUAGUCAUUUUGCAGCUCGGUCAGUGCGGCAGGCGAGAUGUUGUUUUUGGCAAGCUAAUGUUUGUUUUUACAUGUCUUUUGGAGGCGGUUGUUACUGCGUGGCAGGAUGACUGUGAGUCUCUCCUAAACUGGCCGCUUGGUCCCGCAGCUUGUCGCAGCUGAAGAAAAUAGAACCAGUUGCCAACCCCCAGCGGUCGGCAUCCAGCUUUUUUUUCCUAUUGCUUUGCGGGUCGCUACACUUUCCCCCGAGGAUUCCUACUUAAAGUUUGGCUCACGGAGCGUUGACUUUAGCAGCCGCUUGGAUUUCGAGGUGGUUAGGUUUACACGUUAAUGGUGAAAUUAUUGGCUGUAGACUUGGGUGGCUAACACCAACUAGCUAUAUAAGCCGAACUCGUGCGACGACAGCUGUCAUUGGAGAAAGGAAAGUGAUCCCCGCAGAUGCGUGCGCCAAUGAAGCGGUUUUCUGUUGGAUUUACAUCAUCCGCUUCUCCAUCAAAUGGGCAAAGUUGGGAAUAACAUUGCAGCGCUGGAAUAUAAUGAUAUGCGUUGUGCAUUUUUGAGAACUGCGGUGUUGCUUCAUUGGAGAGAGGCUAGCUAGCUCCAUUAGCUUGCUAGCUAGCUGGGUGAUAAGUGCGACGUUUCAUCCCCCUUAUUUUGGACAUGAAGAGGAUAACUCUCUAUUCAUAGGGCUGGAAGAAUGUCAUCAGAGGAUAAGACUGUGGAGCCCUCUGACCAGGGACCCUCACCGCCAUCAAGCAGUGUAGGGGCCACGUCCACAGGAAGUCCUGCCCACGCAGACAAGCGACCACGUGGCAGGCCGCGCAAGGAUGCUGCUGCCCUCCUACCCCAGGCACCACCCUUAUCCACGUCUAAGAACAGAAAAAAGGGUCGCACCAGAGGGAGAGUUGUUGUGGAUGAGGAGGACAGCAUGGAUGGGACUGAGAUAACAGAGUCCAUAGACCCUCAGGACACAGAAACACAAAUCCAGCCGGUGGAGACUGUGGAAGUGACCAGUGAGGUGCCAGAGGAGGACAGGCCCUCUUCCCCUCUGGCCCAGAGCCCUCUAGCCGAGAAUUCAGCAGGACCAUCUGUCCCAACAAGUAGAGAAGUCAAAAGCAGUGAGCGUCUCUGUGCCUUCUGUUACUGCGGUGGUCGUAGCCUUCUGGGUCAGGGGGAUCUACAAGUAUUCACCGUCACGUCUCAGCUUGAAGCACUCUUCAGCCACAAAGCUGAUGGGAGCUCAACAGGCGAUGGCAGCGAUGGUGAUAAAACUGCUCAGCCAAAAAUGGCCGAGGAGACCACCUCAGGACAGAAGGAGAAGAAGAAUGGGUCUGAAGGCUGCGAGGAUGAGCCAGACCCAGCCAGUCGAUUUUGGAACGAGCUUUCUCAUGUCGGCCUUCCAGAAGAUCUCAACGUCCAGUCUCUCUUCGAGUCAGGGCAAUGCUGGGCACAUCAGAGUUGUGCCUUGUGGUCCGACGGUGUUUGCGAGGGCGAGGGACAAUCUCUGCUUAAUGUGGACAGAGCCAUUGACUCAGGGAGCACAAAGCACUGUGCAUACUGUAAGCGCCUUGGAGCAUCCAUUAAGUGCUGUGCUGAAGGAUGUGCUCAACUCUAUCAUUACCCCUGUGCGGGGGCAGCUGGGACUUUUCAGGAUAUCAGAAGUCUCUCACUCUUAUGCCCAGAACACAUUGAAUUGGCCACUCACAAAUUUGUAGAUGAUAUAAAUUGCGUACUAUGCGAUAGCCCAGGGGAUCUACUGGACCAGCUCUUUUGCACCAGUUGUGGUCUGCAUUACCAUGGGAUAUGCCUGGACAUGGCUGUGACCCCUCUAAGGAGGGCAGGUUGGCAGUGCCCUGAGUGCAAAGUCUGCCAGACGUGCAAGAAUCCAGGAGAGGACACUAAAAUGCUGGUGUGUGACAUGUGUGACAAAGGGUACCAUACCUUCUGUCUGCAACCUGUUAUAGACUCUCUUCCCACCAACGGAUGGAGAUGUCAGAACUGCAGAGUUUGCCUCCAAUGUGGAACGCGAACUAGCGGGCAAUGGCACCACACCAGCCUGCUGUGUGAGAACUGUGUCCAAAAUCAGGACCCUGCCCUGUGCUGUCCUAUGUGUGCCUGCAUUUUGGACCCUGAGCACCACAAAGACGUAGUAUUCUGCCACACUUGUAAAAGAUGGCUACACCUGGAGUGUGAGCGUCAGAACUCAGGCCAAGCAGAAAUCCACCCCAGAGAGGACUAUGUUUGUUCCAACUGCAGGUCUCCUGCUGCAGAGCAGGCGCUACAUCCAGAGGAUAUGGACACCGGCCCAGAGCUCAGCCCUCAGCCAGCCUCCAUGCACACAAACUCUGAGACUGGCCUACAGCUGGCUCAAAAGCACACAGACCUAGAACUUGGCAAUCAGCUGCCUCCUGAAAUGCACAAAGACCCAAAACCGGAAUUACUUGCUGUUCCAUUGCACUCGGAUCCAGAGCAUCUACAGGCUACUGUCCAGGAGGAGAAGCUGGCCACAUCAGACACGAAGCCUGACAUCUCUGUGGGAGCAGACAUAGUAGAGAGGCAGGUUACUGAACCUUCUGUCAAAAUUCCAGCAGAAAUUAAAUCAGAAACAAAACCAGCAGUAAGAGCCCAGCUUGCAUCUACAGAGAGUCCUGCGUCUUCAGUGACUCUGAGCCAGGAGUCUAUUCCAGCCCAACACUCUACGGAGGGACUACAGACACAUGACACCACAGUACAAAUCAAACCAGCAAAUACUGAGACCUGCCCUGAAAAGGGCAUGGUCAACCCCAGCACAAAGGAUUUUAAGGCCAUCAUCUCAACCACCAAAGAACCAGGUACUGCAUCAGUACCCUUCACGGACCAACCGAUGGUAGUCGCACUACCCCAGCCUUCAAAUAUGGAUGUAGUCAAGGGUUCUUUCCUGGAAACUAAUCCAAAAGAACUCAACAGUGAUAGGAGAGAGGGUAUUUUUCACAGAAACCUGGCAGAGACUGUUAAGCCCUCCACUUCUACAUCAGAAGAAAUGGACACUACACCGGAGAAGCCAAGUAUGCCAUUUCCCAGUUUGUCUUUAGAGGAGAAACCCCUUAAAACAACCGUGGAAAGGCUAGCUGAAAUGGUUUCUUCACCUUCCCACUCCUCCCCACUGGCUCGAGUGACAUCUCCCAGAGAACUAACUCAGACCCAGAUUCUAACGUCAAUGAGUGACCACAGCAGUGUAAUGCCCACCACCACUCUCAUAGCAUUCACCCCCAAAAUUGGGAUGGGAAAGCCAGCCAUCACCAAGAGGAAGUUUUCUCCUGGGAGACCACGAGUGAAACAGGGUGCAUGGAGUCCCCAUAGCAGUGUGAGCUCACCCUUGUCCUGGUCACCAGACCAGCCAGAGGGUUGGGACGUCCUAAAGACCAGGCAGUCCUCUGGCAGUCCCGGCUGGAGCAUCAGAGUGGGGCGAGGCUCAGGCUUUCCCGGGAGGAGGCGGCCAAGAGGGGCUGGUCUGUCAGGUAGAGCAGGACGUGGCAGGGCCAGAGGGAAAAAUGGAGUGAGUCCCAGCAUCAACCCUGGGGUCACCACAAUAGAAAACCCAUACCCAAUCAAGGAGGAAGAGGAGAAUGCAAUGCAUAACACAGUGGUCAUAUUUUCCAGCAAUGAUAGUUUUACGCUAAAACAGGACAUGUGCGUGGUGUGUGGGAGUUUUGGUCUUGGUGCAGAGGGCCGUCUUCUGGCCUGUGCUCAGUGUGGGCAGUGCUACCAUCCAUUCUGUGUCGGCAUUAAGAUCACCAAGGUGGUGCUAAGCAAAGGCUGGCGCUGUCUGGAGUGUACCGUAUGUGAGGCCUGUGGUCAGGCCACAGAUCCUGGCCGCUUGCUGCUAUGUGACGACUGUGACAUUAGCUACCACACAUACUGCCUGGACCCUCCACUGCAAAAUGUUCCCAAGGACAGCUGGAAGUGCAAGUGGUGUGUGUCCUGUACGCAGUGCGGUGCCACCACCCCAGGCCUAAGGUGUGAGUGGCAGAAUAAUUAUACCCUGUGUGCUCCCUGUGCCAGCCUUUCAACAUGCCCAGUUUGCUUGGUGGACUACAGCGAAGGCACAAUCAUCGUGCAGUGCCGCCAGUGUGACAGAUGGUUUCAUGCGUCAUGUCAAAGUCUCCACUCAGAGGAAGACAUAGAAAAAGCUGCAGACAGCAGCUUUGACUGUACAAUGUGCCGAACUUUCAAGACCACUAAAGUUGUGACCAAGAUUAGAGACACCACUGAGCCACUACCAGUAACACAUAUUGUCACAAAGGCUAAAGAAAUUGAUCUGUCAAGGACCUACACCCAGGAUGGUGUUUGUUUGACAGAGUCAGGACUUUGCCAACUCCAGAGCUUAUCUGCUACAGCGUCACGGCGUAGGAAGCCCAAACCAAAACUGAAGUUGAAGAUCAUUAACCAGAACAGCGUGGCAGUGCUUCAGGCUCCAGUCGACCCCCUCUCAGAGCACUCUCGUGAUGAAGACAUCGAGGACAACAGAGAGGCGGAGCUCCUAGAUUGUGAGGCAAAGUCUGACUCAAGCCUGGAGCGAGAGCCAGCAGAAGAUGACUCCAAGGGGGCCGACGGCGGCAAGAAGAGGAAGAGGAAACCGUACCGGCCGGGCAUUGGUGGGUUCAUGGUCCGUCAAAGAAGCCGUCCAGGCCAAGGUCCGGGCAAGGCUAAACGAUCCCUCUGCAGAAAGGAUUCUUCUGGCUCUGUAUCGGAGAAUCUCAUUGGAAAAGAUGAAGGCUGGCCAGAGGCACUGCCGGAUACUCCUGUUGAUGAGACGCCCCCCGGACCGGAAGUUCCAGAAAAAAUAAAGAAACGAUAUCGAAAGAAGAAGACAAAACUGGAGGAGGCAUUUCCAACCUACCUGCAGGAGGCUUUCUUUGGAAAGGACCUGCUAGACAAAAGCAAGCAGAGCAGGCAACAGGGGGUCGAAUCAGGAUUACUGGAAGACGGACAAAGCCAAGUGGAGAGGAAGCAUCCCACUAGCAGUUUUCUGGAUCCCUCAUCAGACCCUCUGCUUAGCGCAUCAACAACAUCCAUUCCCCCCAGACCAGCAGCAGCACAGACGUCUGAGGAACCAUUAGUUGAUCUAUCUGAUGUUCUGAACACUGAUGCAGACAUCUUGGGAAUGCUCGGAAAGCCAAGCAAUGACUCUGGUCUUGAUUUUUGCCCCUUCCAGGUUGACAGCUCACCUCCUCCUUUUGCUGGUCUGGACAUUGGCCCCCUGGCAGACAGUUCCCCAGUGGCGCCCCAGUCUCAGGCAGGCCGGAGAACACCUCGAACCCUCUCAGAGGAACCCCUGGACGGCAUUCUCAGCCCAGAGCUGGACAAAAUGGUUACUGAUGAGUCAAUUCUCAGCAAACUUUACAAAAUUCCAGAGCUGGAAGGAAAGGAUGUGGAGGAUCUCUUCACAGCAGUCCUGAGCCCCAGCACGAGCCAACCACCACCACAGGUGCCUCACCCCCAGGGUCCAGGGCCCCUCCCUGCCACACCUGGCACUAGCAUGCCUCACCCCAAUGCAGGGAAUCCCAUGUUUCCAAGAAUGCCAAUGAUUAAUGGUAUGAUGGGACCAAACCAACGCUUCCCUACAAAUCAUGGAGCAGGGCCCUGCAUCCCAGAAAAUUUCUCUCCCCUCAACCGUAUGCCUUUCACUGACAAUCCGAGGGAAAGAAAGUUUAAUCAGAUGCCUAGAGAGGCAGUUGGUCCAUGGCCCACCCCUGCCCAUGGCCCUGGCCCUACACCCCCUGGUUCUUUGCCCGAGGGGGACACUGAAGCCAUGUCAAAUGCCCAAAGGAGUACACUCAAGUGGGAAAAGGAGGAGACACUUGGAGAACUAGCCACCGUUGCUCCUGUGCUAUAUACUAAUAUCAAUUUCCCCAACCUUAAAGAAGAAUACCCAGACUGGUCUACAAGAGUGAAGCAAAUUGCAAAACUUUGGAGGAAAGCUAGCUCACAAGACAGGGCCCCAUAUGUGCAAAAGGCAAGAGAUAACCGAGCAGCCCUGCGCAUCAACAAAGUCCAGAUGUCGAAUGAGACCGUGAAGAGGCACCAUCCACAGCAACAGCCCCCUGAGGUGUUUGAUCCCAACAUACCACUAGACACAGAUCUCCUGUUUAAAGACCCUUUGAAACCAAAAGAGUCAGAGCAUGAACAAGAGUGGAAGUUUAGACAGCAAAUGAGGCAGAAAAGCAAACAGCAAGCCAAAAUUGAAGCCACUCAGAAACUGGAGCAAGUAAAGAAUGAACAACUUCAACAACAACAGCAACAACAACAACAACAGCAAACUAGUCAGUCAGAGGGAGACGCCAACAACAGUGGUAACCAAAGCCCAGCCUCCCAGCCCAGUAAUGGCAGCAUGUCCCCUAUGCAGCAGGUCAACCCGAAAGAGAGCUUUUCCAGGACGCUAUCAGGGACACCCACUUCAGGUCCUUCAGAGGAUGUGUUCUUGCGACCCCCUCCUCCCCCUCCCUCUGGGCCUUCCUCCCAACCUCAGUCUCCACAAGUUUUCUCACCAGGUUCCUCUGGUUCCAGACCAUCAUCUCCAUGGGAUCCAUAUGCCAAGAUGGUUGGGACCCCAAGACCUCCAACUCUCGGACCAAAUGCAUGUCGAAGAAUGCCCAUGGAAUCUGGUAAAUCACCCACCUCCUUGAUGGAGCAGCAGGACAGAGGGAGGCCCUCUCCUGCUCAUGAAUCUUUUGGCUCUCCUACAUCAAUGACCAGUGAUCCUUACGCCAAACCUCCUGACACCCCAAGACCCACUGGUGAAGUUGACCCUUUUCUGAAGCCCAUGGGUCCCCCCAGAGGCAGUCAAGCUGCUCAAGGAAGGCCUCCAAUGGGUUCUCCUGGCAGAGACCCAUACUCAAGGCCAAUGAUAAGAAAUGAUGCCUAUCAGCGCAUGACCCAGAACAGGAUGAUAUUGUCUGACCCUUAUUCAAGACCUUUACUCACGCCGAUACCUGGAAGCAAUGAGUCUGGCUCUGUCCCUCUAUUUAAAACACCUAUGCCCCCUCCUCAGGCUCAGGAUCACUUCAACCGACCAGGCCCACAUCCUACUGACAGAUACUCCCAGAAUCAGCAAACUGACCCCUAUGCACAGCCUCCACACACCCCAAGACCGUCAGCGAAUGACAACUUUACCAGUCCUCCCAGGAUGGGCCAGCAUCACCCACAGGGGCACUCCUUUGCUCAGCCAGGACCAAUUACUCAAAUGUCAAGAAAUCCUUAUGCACAUGCACCUUCCACUCCAAGACCUGACCACUUUACAUAUGACCCUUUUGCCCAGCCUUCUGGUCCUAGCAAGCAAGCUGCUGACCCUUUCUCUCAGCCUGGAGCUAACCACCGAUCCAUCAAUGAGGCAGGUGCUCAACCUCGACCGUUUUUUGAGCCCUAUGCUCGACCCCCUGGCACCCCACGUCCCCAUGACAACUAUGGUCAACCACCAAACACCCCCAGCCCAUCCUCAGAUCCCUACUUGCAGGCUCCAGCUACACCUCGUCCUAGUGGAAUGAACCAGUUUUCUCAUCAGUCUCACCCUGGACAGAGGAUGUCGCCUUCCCACUCAAUGGACCCUUAUGCUCAGCCACCAGGUACUCCUCGGCCAUCUGUGGGGGAAAGGUUUUCUAAGUCACCAGGCAGCCUGAGGGGGUCAAUGGAGCCAUUUACCAGUACACCCGGGACACCAAGGCCAGGGAGUAGUGACAUGUUUCCCCAGCCUGGAGUCCCAAGACCAAUGCUGAAUGAUCCUUACAGCCAUCCUCCAGGCACCCCGAGGCCUGGUCCUGAUGGGCUUACCAGACAAGGGCCAAGACAAGGACCAAUGGGAAGCCAGGAUCCUUUCUCCCCACCCCAAGGCAGACUUCAAGAGCCCUUCCCUCACCCAGACUUACAAACACCAAAACACCCUAGUGUUUCAGACGAUGGAUUUACUCAGUCACCCUCAAGAAGACCGAGUCAGACACCUGUCCAUGAUCCAUUUGAACAAGCACCCAUGACCCCUCGUCCACAGUCAGAAAAAAUGGAAAUGAAAGAUCAGUCAGUUGUGGGUAACAAUGGAGCUGGCCUUCAGGACCCGGUCCAACUGUCCAACAAUCCACAAAUUCCUGUUUCAGCGUCAGAGGCUCAAACUGUUGCUCUUGCUGAGUGCGAUGAAAGACUCAGACAGCGACAACGAAUUAGAGAACUGAUCAUCAAACAGCAGCAGCAGAGGAGUGCCACCCGACAGGAGAGGGGCCCUCAGGAGCCUGCUGGCAACAUAACCCCAGGAACGCCACGGCCAUGGCCCCAAGAGGGUCCUGCUCAACCAGGGGAAAUAUUCACCCGGCCUCCUCCGCCUUAUCCUGGACAAGGACCUAUUAGAGGGCCGAUGAGGUUUCCUGGACAUUUUCCAGGGGAUCAGCGUGUAGCCUUUCCUAAUGAAGGUCAAAUGCCCCGCGGCCCACAUCCUGGAGAUUUGAGACAUCAGGGACCAAGGUUUGCUUUUCCACCUGGAGCUCUAGGACCUCAUGGGUCUCAAGACUUCUUUCCAAGGGGGCAACACCCAAUGCAAGAUGUCCCUCCUCAAAUGAGACGGUCCAUGUCUGCUGAAAUGGCGAAAAACAUGGGAGCAAACCCUAUGGGGAUGCCCCAGCACUUCCCAGCUCGUGGUAUGGCAAUGCAGCAGCACAACAUAAUGGGCCAGCCUUUUAUUGAACUGCGGCACAGAGCAGCAGAAAACAGGCCACGCAUGCCAUUCCCUCCUGCCAACAUGCAAGGAAGCAAUUUGGAUCCCAACUUCCAGAACCAAAGGCCUGCAGGUUUUCCAGGAGCACCCGAUUCUAGGUUCCCCCUAAAUCAGGGGCCCAGAAUGAUGGACCCUAUGGCUAACCAAACUGGCCAUUUACACCUCUCUGUCAGUAUGGACAAUCUUCAUCAGCAAACCCAGAUUCCAGGAAGCACACUCAAACAGUCUCCUCUGAUGAGGUCCAUGAGCCAGCCUGCCUCAAAUGAGACUCCAAAUAUGUCAGCUUCCAUGAUCCUGUCUGCACCCCCUGCUGGACAGAGUGAGACUGUCUCGGUGACGAGCAGAGAAACUGUGGAGGAGAAACUGGAUACAGAAGAAUCUGCAGUCAAAGAUCUAGAGGACGUGGAGGUAAAAGAUCUAGUAGAUGCUGACUUGGAAAACUUAAAUCUGGAUCCUGAAGAUGGCAAAGACCUUGAUUUAGAGACCAAUGACCUACACCUUGAUGACUUCCUGACAUCUGGGAAAUUUGACAUCAUUGCUUACACAGACCCUGAUCUAGAUGAUAUCAAGAAAGACAUGUUUAGUGAGGAGCUGGAUCUCAGUGAUCCUAUGGAUGACAAUACUGAUGCCACAGAUAUCAACAAAAGCGCAAGCACCGUAACCGAGGCUUCUUCCAGUUCAGCAUCUGUACUGGCAAAGUCAGAGACUAUGGGUGAGCAGUCUGCAGUUGAAGUCAAGCUGGAGGUCCCUUUAAAUAAGGACUCAGCUGCUCUGGCUCCUAGGCAGGAAAUUAAAGCAGAGGUCAAAGAUUGUCAACAACCACCUGAUGUAGUAGACCAGCAAACUGCUGGAAAUACCUUAAUCUCCGAUAAGCAAGGAGUGCUCUCUGACUCCACCCCAGUCCUGUCUAGUUUACUCAUUAAGCAGCAGCCUGAAGAGCAAUCAUUAAACCCAAUUGUUGAGUCUGUCAGUCAAGGAGGUAACCUCAUAGCCCAGCAGAACCAAGUCGCUGAUGCUCAACAUACCUCUGGACUUACAAUGAGUCAAACAAUACCUGACACAGUCACUGCAGGAGAGGUUCCCCUGAGUGGCUUUGGGCCAGACCAUCAGGUUGGACUAACAUCUGGAGUGGACCAGAGCGGUCUCACCCAGGCCCAGCAGACGGUGUUAAACCAGGCAAUGGGCCAGAAUUCUCAACAACAUCGGCCACUUCUACUGGAGGAGCAACCACUCCUAUUGCAGGACCUCCUGGACCAGGAGAGGCAGGAGCAACAGCAGCAGAGGCAGAUGCAAGCAAUGAUACGACAGCGCUCAAGCAGCGACUUCUUCCCCAACAUUGAUUUUGAUGCCAUCACUGACCCCAUCAUGAAAGCCAAAAUGGUUGCUCUUAAAGGCAUCAACAAAGUCAUGGUUCAGAACAACAUGGGAAUGCCUCCCAUGGUCAUGAACAGAUUUCCACCUGGUCCAGCACCACCUUGUCCUGAAAGUGCACCACUUCCUCCACAAGUUGUUGGACAGGAUGGAAAAUUGACACAAGUAACAAGACCAAGUCCUCCAAAUUUCGGACCUGGAUUUGUCAACAAUGCUCAGAGGGCUCAGUAUGAAGAGUGGCUCCAGGAGACUCAGCAACUACUUCAAAUGCAGCAGAAGUUUCUGGAAGAGAAGAUCGGCGCUCACAGGAAGUCGAAGAAAGCCCUGUCUGCCAAGCAGAGAACAGCUAAGAAGGCAGGGAGAGAGUUCCCUGAGGAGGAUGCUGAGCAGCUCAAACAUGUCACAGAGCAGCAGGGUGUAGUGCAGAAACAACUGGAGCAGAUCCGCAAGCAGCAGAAGGAGCAUGCUGAACUGAUCGAGGAGUACAGAGUAAAACAGCAGCAAAACAAUAUGACACCUAUGAUGCCUGCGAUGCACCCGUUGCCAGGCCCCACUGGCAUGGUGCCCAGUGGCCCACCAAUGGUCCAGCCUCCUAUAAAUCCCAUGAUGCAGAUGCCACUUCAUCCCAGCCAGCCAAAUGUACCUCCACGUAUGCCCAACGCACCACCUGGCUGGCAUCCCGGUACUUCUAUGCCCAUGGGAGGACCAGGAAUGCCACAUAUAAUGCCUCCCCAGGUACCUAUGGGAAAUUCAGCCCAACCGCUUCAGAUGCCAAUGGGUAAUGUACCGCAGCACUCUCAAAUGCCUUUGGAGCCCCAAGCACCACCUGCUCCUCCAGGUGCCAUAAAACCCAUGCAGGCAGGUGGUGUGAAGUUUGAUGACAACAACCCAUUCAGUGAAGGCUUCCAGGAGCGCGAGCGGAGGGAACGGCUCCGGGAGCAGCAGGAGAGACAGCGGGUGCAGCUCAUGCAGGAAGUCGAACGUCAAAGAGCACUCAAACACCGCAUGGAAAUGGAGCAGCAAGGGAUGAUGGGAUCAGAUGGGAACAUGGCACCACUCUCUCAAAUGCCAUUUUUUAAUGCAGAGCUGCCACAAGACUUCAUGCAGCCACAAAGGCCUCCUCUGCAACAUCAACAACAACUUGGACCAAUUUUUCCUCAGCAGCAGGGCAUGCAGCCUGGUAUGGGCUCAGCGGCUGGAACAUUUAUACAGGGUGAGAGGAGAGCCAUGAUGGGCAAUGGCUUGAUGCCACCAGAGAUGGGGCCUGAUAAUGUUGCUCUGCAAGGACCAAACUUUCCUCAAGGUCAGCCCAGGCCUCGUCAGUUCAGUGGACCAGGAAUGCUUCCAAUGCCAGGUGAGGGUCCACCAUUUGGGGGUGACUCGUCAACACCUUUACCGUCCAACUUUCCAGGCUCAGGUCAGUCUCUGAUUCAGCUUUAUUCCAACAUCAUCCCAGAUGAGAAAGGGAAAAAGAAGAGGAACCGCAAAAAGAAGAAAGAUGAUGAUGCAGAUUCAGUCAAGACACCUUCCACUCCCCACUCAGACCUUACAGCCCCUCUCACACCAUGUGUCUCAGACACUUCCUCUACUCCAACCAGAAAUCCCCAUCUCUUUGGAGAUCAGGACUUGUCCAGGUCCCCUUUACUGGGAUCUUCCACCCCCAGUCACUCAGAGCUUGAGCGGCAACUUUCUGGUGGGCAAUCUGGACAACCUGCUCUGUCAUCAGAAGCAGCGAGGGCCCAGGCGCAGGCUCAGGAACAUGACAGAAUCCUCAACAACAUAAAGCUGGAGCAGACUGAUGCUAGUGAGUGUCACGGACCAAAAGAAGGUUCCAUUGGCCCAGAAAUGAGCUCUGUGAAAGAAGAGGGUAACAAAGGGAGCGUGUCUCCGUUCCCUGCUGGGCAGAGUCCAAACAAAGGAGAAGCUGGUAAUGAACUAUUGAAGCACCUUCUGAAGAACAAGAGCACACCUCCACCUGGAUUGUCUCAGCAGAGAUCAGAGGAAAGCCUGCGGUCAGAGGAGGAGGAAACCACUGACUGCAAAACCUUACUGAGGCAAAGCUCCAUGGACAGCAGUGGGGCAUACUCAGAUGGCACCCCUGACUUUCCUGGACCUCUGCUCCCCGAGCAGAAGAAGAAAGGGAGAAACAAGAGAGCACCAAAAGCAGGAGAAAAACCUGUUUCUCGCUACAAGAAGAGGAAAAAGGAAGGAGAUGAAAGGCAACUGAUGCACACUGGACCAGACUCUGUAAUGACCCAAAUCAAACAACAGCUCUCUCUGCUGCCUCUCAUGGAGCCUCUGAUUGGGGUCAACUUUGCCCAUUUUGCUCCCUACGGCAGUGGCCAGCUCAAUGGAGAGAACCUUUUGUCUGGUACUUUUGGCAGCGCCUCACUAGAUGGAGUUUCUGAUUAUUAUUCCCAGCUGACCUACAAGCAGAGUAACUUGAGCAAUCCACCGACCCCGCCGGCAUCUCUUCCUCCCACUCCACCACCUGUGAACCGACAGAAAAUGAUCAACGGUUUUGCCACAACCGAAGAGCUGGCCAGCAAAGCCGCUGCUAUGGUCUCCAAGGGCCUGGUCCCAAAGCCGCUGCAUGUUCCAUUUAGGAGUGAGGAAGAUCUGCUAGCUCGGGCCAUCGCUCAGGGACCCAAAACUGUGGAUGUUCCAGCUUCUCUUCCCACACCUCCUCACAACAACCAGGAAGAGCUCAGUAAUCGAGGACAGGAGCCUUGCAAGGAGAGGGACACACCUGACAGCUUUGUUCCAUCUUCAUCUCCCGAGAGCGUGGUUGGCAUGGAGAUCAGCCGUUACCCAGACUUGUCUCUGGUAAAGGAAGAGCCGCCAUCCCCUUGCCUGUCUCCUGUCCUCCCCAUGCUUCCUGCACCUGAUGGGAAAGGGACCCAGAUCAAACUGCAGGAUGUCAAGACUGAGCCUUCUUCAAUGUUCUUUGGCUCCCCCUUUGGCUCCAUGUCUAAUGAUUCCAAACAAGGGAUGGUUUCUGUCGCUAUCACUCUGAGACCAGCUGCAGCUGAGAAUAUUACAGGUGUGGUGGCAGCCAUUUCAGACCUCUUGUGUGUGAAGAUCCCCAGCAGUUAUGAGGUCAGCAGCACCCCAGACAGGGGGCCCCUAUCUAUGGUCAGUGGUCAAAGGGUGGGCCCACAUGGCAUGGAGCCACGGCCUCCCAUGCUUUUCAAUGGACAAGGAGACAGUGGAGGACUGCAUGGACGGCCGGGACAAAUGAUCAGAGCCAGUGGACCACAGGGAAUGAUGCAGCAUCAGGCACAUCAUUUCCGUUUCCAUCCCAACAGCCCAGGCAAUGCUGGAGCUCGAGGACCUGAUCACAAGAUCCCUGGCAGCUCUGGAUGUAAACCCCAGUGGUGCUGCCACUGUAAGGUGGUGGUUCUGGGAAAUGGAGUGCAGAAAGCCAUCAAAGACCUCCCUGUUCACAUGAAGGAAUCUGAAGGCCGUUUGAAAUCUGAAGACGACUUGGUCUUCUGCAGCCACAACUGCUUCCUUCUCUACUGUUCAUCACCACCACUGCAGUCCAGAUCAACCACAGAAACUAAGGAGUCUGUGUCCCUCCUCCCAGCCUCUGAGCAAACGGAGAGCCUUUCUAAAACUCAGCACCAGUACAGUAACAACAUGUCCUCGCUGGAUGUCCAUUGUCUGGCCCAGCUUCAGCCAAAGCAGUCACCCCCCUCUACACCUCCCAUCCCCUUCCCUUCAGCAGGUGAGACACCCAAGACUGAUGCAAAAUCCGAUGCCCUCAAAGUGACAGUGAAGCUGAAGUCCAGGCCAAGGUCCCACGACGGCUGGCACCAGGGAAAGAGACAGAAAGGACUCCGAUGGAGGAAAUGGACUGUCCAGGUGGUGGUGCCAAGAGGGAAUUCGCAGCUCCCGGAUGAGGAUAAGAUUGAUGAGCUCCUGAAGAAGCUUGGAGCCUCCCUGCGCCCUCCAGUGUCACUCAAGGACCAGAGACGCUGCUGUUUCUGCCAUCAGUUUGGAGAUGGAAUGACUGAUGGUCCUGCCAGGCUGCUCAAUCUAGAUCUCGAUGUGUGGGUUCAUCUCAACUGUGCCCUUUGGUCGACUGAGGUGUACGAGACUCAAGCUGGCGCCCUCAUCAACGUGGAGCUUGCGCUGCGGCGUGGUCAAACUAUACGAUGCGCCUACUGUCAGCAGACCGGAGCCACCAGCGGCUGCCACCGCCUGCGCUGCACCAAUGUCUACCAUUUCACCUGUGCCCUGCAUGCUCAGUGCACCUUCUUCAAGGAUAAGACCAUGCUCUGCCAUGCCCACAGGCCCCGGGGAACAGCGGGACAAGCUCUGGAGCACGAGCUGCGAUGCUUUGCUGUGUUCCGGCGUGUUUAUGUCCAGAGAGACGAAGUGCGUCAAAUUGCCACGGCUGUGCAGCAGCCCGAGUUAGGUUAUACCUUUCGGGUAGGCAGUCUGGUGUUGCAUGCGAUCGGCCAGCUCACACCGCUACAGAUGGCGUCCUUCCAUUCCUCAACAGCCAUCUUUCCAGUUGGCUAUGAAGCUUGCCGCAUUUACUGGAGCAUGCGCCAUGGCAAUCGCCGCUGUCGCUACAUCUGUUCAGUUGAAGAGAGAGACGGGAUACCAGAGUUUACCAUCAGAGUCAUCGAACAAGGCUACCAAGACAUGGUCCUGACUGACACCUCUGCUAAAGGAGUUUGGGAUAAGGUGCUAGGCCCAGUUGCUGAGAAGAGAGCUGAGUCAGGCACUCUGAAACUCUUUCCUGUUUACCUGAAAGGAGAGGAUCUGUUUGGGCUCACAGUUCCUGCAGUUGCCAAGAUCACAGAAUCGCUCCCAGGAGUGGAGGCUUGUGACAGGUACUCGUUCCGUUACGGACGCAACCCUCUUGUGGAGUUGCCUCUCAUGUUCAAUCCAGCUGGUUGUGCCCGCGCUCAGCCAAGAGCAAGCUCUCCCUACACCUCAGUGGUGAUAAGGCCUCAGCCACAGGCUGUAUCCAGCAGCAGUGCCAGGUCUAACCAGAAUGUCGCCCAAGGAGAAGGUGGCGCCCCCCAUAAUAAGCCUCCGGUGGUGCACCCCAGGUCCUCCCAGUACCGCUGGAUGAAGAGUGAGUGGCGAGCCAACGUCUAUCUGGGCCGCUCCCGCAUCCAGGGCCUGGGGCUGUUUGCUGCUAGAGACAUUGAAAAACAGACAAUGGUGAUUGAGUACAAUGGAACCAUCCUCCGAAAUGAGGUCGCCAUCAGGAAGGAGAAAAUCUAUAGGUCUAAGAACCGGGCAGUGUUCAUGUUCCGCAUCGACAGCGAACAUGUUGUUGAUGCCACACUAAAUGGAGGGAUCGCAAGAUAUAUCAAUCAUUCUUGUGCCCCUAACUGUGUUGCUGAGGUGGUAACAUUUGAGAGGGGUUACAAAAUCAUCAUCAGCUGCAUUCGCAGAAUUGAAAAAGGAGAGGAGCUGUGUUUCAACUACCAGUUUGACAGCGUCGAGGGCCAGCACAAGAUUGCUUGCCACUGUGGAGCUCCUGAAUGCAGGAAGUGGAUUAACUGAGCAAAACGGAAACGACGAACCCAAACGCAUUCCUUGCCAUAGCGUGUGGAGGAUGCUGUGAUCUCUGCACAGAAUAAAUAAGAGACUUCACACUAAAGUCAUUUUACGAAUGAGCAGAAGGCCUGAGCCCUUGGAGAAAUAAAUGAAUCGGUGUUGGUUCGUCAACAACGUGGAAUUAAAAAUAGGCGGAGGAAGGGAAAUAUAACACAGUAGCAGGAAAUGACUCGUGCCAUAUGUGAGGGGCUCUGUUGACGCCUCCGUCUGUAUGUAUCCGUGUGUUUGUUUGGUGUACAUGGGGUGCGGAAUCCACCAGCGAAUGAGAAAGCACUGUGUGGGGUGCGGCCUUAUUGCUUACUAAGGGCAGGCCCUUUUGUUCAUACUGUUAAUGUAUACCGUUUGACUAAAUGUAGACAUCACUGAAUGAGGAAUGUACAGCAAUGAAUACCGCGAAGGGAAUAUUAACUUGCACUAAAAAUAAAAAAAAUAAACAAAAAAAACCCAUACACACACCCACACACACACACAAGCUUUUAAAUACUUGAUUCCAUGAGUCAGUUUUAUCAUAGGUCUCUGUCAUGUGAUUUGUGUGGAAUUCGAGAGGUUUUGUAUUUAUUACUGAGUGAAUGAAUUUUAUUCUCAAAAUGAGAUCGAGUUAAAAGAAGGCUAGAUUGCUAUUGUUUUUGAAGAUUGAAGAAGACAUGCUGUUACUUUUGUAUAAAUGUACAUAAAAAAAACAACAAAAAAAACUAUAGGAAUAACCGACCAAAUACUACCUUAACCUUCUCGAUGUUUGGGUGUUUUUAAAAAUUGUUUUUGUUCUGUUUGUCAUUGAAAUUUAUUUAAGAUGGACGUUAUUUCAGUUUGAGAGUAUAUAUUAUGAUUAUUCUGUACAGAAUUUGUAAUAUAACCACAAUAAUUCACAAAGUAUUUUUGUUGUAUUAAAAGUACGGUAUUGUAGCGUAGUGUUUUGUGACUUACACUUACUUUGACCACUCUCAAAAAAAAGAAAUAUUUUUGUUGACUAACGUAACAAGUAAUCGGUUACAGAAUCAAAAAAAAGAGACUCUUCAGAUAGUAAAAGAUCAUUGUGAUCUGUUUGCUGUUAAUCAGGUUUGAUUUUAAAGAACUGUGAAUUAGGUUUUAAAACCCAAAAAAACUGCUUUUUAACUUUUUAUCACAAAUGGAAACAGCAACAUGUGUUAACCUGUUUUUUUUUGUUGUUGUUGUUGUUGUUGUUUUUUAAACUUUACUUUUAACACAAAUAAGGUGCGAACGUCUAAUAAUGUUGUGACUUAGACGAACCAUUGCGCGACAGAAAGAAUUCUAUGGAGAACUGUAGGUUGUUCUGCCUUUCGUUUUUGUUUCGUGUUUUUUGGAAAGAGAUGGCAUCCUGCUUAUAAUCAGAAAUAUUUCUUAUACUGACACUUCACAAGUCACAUGCUAGAAGCAGAGGAGUUUUUGCGUGCACAAUUUCAAGUUGACUGUAAAAUUUUGGAGACAGUCUUAGAACUUGUAAUGUAUAUGGCAUGUAUUUUUUUAACUUUCCGAAGACUCAAUUGUAUAUAUUUUUCUCAAUGAAUGGUUGUAACAAAAUUGUUUCUUGGAUAUUUUUUCUUCUCUUGUACAAUACAUCAUCCUGCCAGUGUGUUUGUGCUACAUUUUCUUGGUCGUGUAAAGUAGUCAUUUCUUUUCUUUUUGUUUUUAUUUUUUUCCUUUUUCGUUUCUUUUUUUUCCCGUUGUUUCUUUCUUUUUUUUGAAUUGCCUUUUGAAGUGUACAGAGUAUGAGGUUUGGAGUUUGUGGAAUUGAAUUUAGAAACAUUUACAAAAAUAAACUAUUU